GAUGAAAUAAUCAGUUCCAGUGGUCAAGUUGAGCCGCCCGGGAUGCACAUGGUAUAUCUUCCGUAUUCUGAUGACAUUAGACACAUCGAAGAGCUUCAUACUCACAAUAAUGUUGUAACGCCUCGAGCAACCGAGGGGCAAAUUGAGAAAGCUAUUGCUUUAAUUAGACGCGUUGACUUGAAAGAUUUUUCUGUGUGCCAAUUUUGUAAUCCCGCCUUGCAAAGACACUAUGCUGUCUUACAGGCUUUAGCACUAGAUGAAGAUGAGAUGCCUGAAAUCAAAGAUGAAACAGUUCCAGAUGAGGAAGGGAUGGCUAGGCUGGGAGUUGUUAAAGCACUGGAAGAUUUCAAGCUUUCUGUCUAUGGAGAAGACUAUGAGGAGGAUAAUGACUUUGCUGCCAAUGGAAAAGUAACUGAUGCAUCCAGAAAAAGAAAAGCAAUCGCUGAAAAUGCAGUGAAGGAGUGUGCAAACUUUGACUGGACCGACCUUGCGGAAAAUGGAAAGGUGAUGUUGAACUUACUUGUGUUAUUCCCAUGGUAUUAGAUUCACCUAUUGCUUCACAUGAUACUCUCAUGGAAUAGUUACGAACUAGGUGAAUUUGGAGGAAAAAUUUUAAACACCAAUGCCUAUGAAGUAUUAGGAUCAAUGGUUCAGUAUAAAUUUUUACUUCUAACUUCUCGUUUUAAGCAUUUUUUUUGUUUGUGAUCUAUGUUCUGCAGCUGAAGGAUUUAACAGUGACGGAGUUGAAGUACUACCUGACAGCACACAACCUUCCUAUUACUGGGAAAAAGGAACUUCUGAUCAGUAGGAUCUUGACCCACAUGGGAAAAUGAUUAAGAAGAGAUUAAUUGUCAUUCUUUGAAUGAACUUGGCUCUUCUUCCUGUGUGAGUAGGAUGAGGUUUAGUUGUCGUAAUUGUGUUUGUGAAUCAGAGUGCAGUUUUUCCCCACUCGUGCUGUGGCAGCUAAAUUAUAGGGAGCUUAUAUGUUCUGGCCAUACCGAGUGUAUUAUAUUACGUCAAAUGAAAUAUUAGAUGCCAAAUUUUUUGUAUUUCCAUGCCAAUGAUAUUUGUUAGUAUUUUCAAGGUGAGAAAAAGUUGAACAAUUGCAACAACCUGGUAAGGUUCAGUAUCUUUUGGUAGGCGCUGUCUUUGAGCUCUUUUAUUUGUUGUGAUGCGGCAAAGUGUGAAAAAAAUCUUCUUUUAAGAGAAUUUUUUAGAUUGGGG